AAGUGACAUAAUUAUUUUAUCUGGGAGAUUUUUUUUCAGUCUCGUCUAUCUCCGUUUUGGCAUGCCCUGAUUUUUAACCCAUUAAGAUGUAUCAUUUUAACUCAUUCAAAAGCAACGUAUUGAGAGGGAAAUUUACUGCAAAAGAUCGAACCAUUCCUUUAGUUUGAAAAUAAGCAUGAUACAACUUGUUCCCAUUUCAGAGACGAAGGCAUUUUUCACAAGUCCUAGUCGCGUCAUUUUACCACGAAGUCUAGUGUUAUGUCAAAAUAAAUUGCGACUCGAGAAGCGAGUUUCCACACCAUAAGUUAGAAUUAAAUUUAAACGUAUAGAACGUAUAGAAACGAUGUUUAACACUCAAGACAAAGCAGAACACCCCAAAUGAAUAUUUCGUGAAAAUUAACCGCUAACGAUCGGAUCUCACCAGUUGAAAGCACGCUCCCCUUUUCACAUGUAUUUGUCAUCAAUAAUUCAGCGACCGAGUCGUGUUUUUGUUACUUAGUUUGUUUGCCUGUUUGUUUUUUCAGAUGCUCAAUUAUCAAAAUUUUCAAUCUAUUUAAAAAAAUAAUUUUCGGAUCUAAACUUCUCUUUGAUUCAUUAGCAACAGAUUCUACCAGUGGCUAAAAAUACAGAAAGAUACCAGAAAGACCACUUUUGCAACGAUUCAGGUCGAUCUCGGCCACUUCAAAUAAUGAACUGAUUUGGUCGUGCAAAUAACCAAAGCACAACACAAAAGCGCAACAGCUUGGCCCUAGAGGCAGCUGAGACUAUCGAUUACGUUCUUAACCCACUCCCAAGCUUGUUGAGAGUUCCACGGGAAACGGGUUGACUUGCCAUUAUUUGACUAGCCCAAUUAGUCCUCGUAGCAACUUGUUCCAAGUCCCACAGAUAAUUUUGCAGAAUUCCCUCCGAUAACACAUAAGCACAAGAGAGAAAACGAGUGUCAUAGCUGCUUCUGACGUUUGUGAAAGUCAAGGAGAGAGCAUCUUGUGUCUGACGUCAUCAGUCAACACGUUACAACCAUGAGUGCUCUUGGCGCGAAGGUCAAGUGUUUGCUCACGUUUCCUGCGAACUGUUUGAGCUGCCAGUAACCACAGCCGGACAUCACUCGGCCACUGAAGUAGUCGAUACCGUCGAAUCGAUCAUUUCAGUUCUCAAUUCCCACAUCCGGGGUUGGUUCAAACGGUAGCUUGGGAUCUGUGCAAUUUGUCUCUCGGCCAUACGAGCUACUGACACAGAAAGAGAUUGUUGUCGAAGACGGUCUCCUCCUCCGGACAAAAACCGGUAUCGAUACGAGAGAAGUCAUGUCUUGGUCUUGUCUUAGGGUCGUCGUAGGCCUCCUGUGCCUUGCCUUUCUUAGUGCCACAGUUCAAGUCUCGAGAGCGCAGACUGCCGUGGCACGGCUUUCUGGAACGCUUGUGUGGAGUUAUGAGGCAACAGGGAUCUACCCACCGUCUUACAACGUACCGGCACAAGUCUCCAUCCAGUUGAGGGCCGAGGCGCGUGCCGAUACGGACACCAUCACCGGCACCGGUCUCUGGGACGUAACGAUCUUCGGUAACCGUGAGGGGGACGGCUCGGGCACCGACCGGUACGACGAGCGGACAGGUUUCGUCGGCAACAACGAGAGGGCUCAGAGCUUCUCCCCUACCGACAGCUUGGCCUUCGACGAGAGCACCGCGUUCGAUCUGAGUGGUCUUGCCUGUGGCUCCUCCGGGCCGUACCUCUGUGUGCAGGUCAGCCGGGCGGCCGACGCAUCGAUGACUUUUGAUCUAGACCCGGAGAAGUGGAUCAGUUGCCGGUCUACACCGUGUUAUUAUCCGGACGACUCAGCUGAUGCCAGCCGUGACAUCAUUUUCUCAGAGCUGCGCCUGGAUCAAUUGGACACACCCUCCGUCCCCCGGGACGAGCCCAUUGAGAUUCUCCUGGUUGUGACCGCCGUCCCUAGCGCCAGCUCCCGUCAAAACCUGGAAGGCACAGGCCUCUGGAGGGUCUCUAUCUUCGGCAGCAAGUCGACCGACGGCACCGGGGGCGAUCGGUACGACGAGCGGCCGCAGGUCCUGACUACCACCGGAAACACAGACAAGAGCCUGGUGGCGGGUAAACCGCUCCAGCUGACGAUACGGACACAGUUCUUGCUUGGCGGGGUGGGGUGCGAAGAUUACCCGUACUUCUGCAUCACACUGGAUAAAGGUGAAAAUCCACAGCCGGACUUUACCAUCCAGGGACCCAUCACCCACUGUCGACAAGUCAACUGUCUAUAUCCUGACGUUCCGCCGAUCCCUACGGCGCGGUUCAGCGAAAUGACCGUGAGACUCGUGCUACCACCCACCUAUCCUCACGAUGAGCCGGUGAACAUCAGCCUCCAGGUCGAGCUGACCCCAAGCAAGAGCCCGGACGUUCCCACCUCCAUCGUCGAGGGCACGGGCCUCUGGAGGCUCGCCAUCUUCGGCAACAAAGGGCAGAACGGGUCCGACGGGGAACGCUUCGACGAGCGCCCGCAGGUACUCAGCGGUUCGGACCAGGACGCGCGCCUGACGCCCACGGACGGGCUCGUCUUUGAUGUGACGACCCAGUUCGUAAUUGGGCAGGUGGGAUGCGACAAUUUUCCCUACUUUUGUGUGGAGUUCGGCAAGGGCUAUGGCCCUGUGCCAAACUUCAUUUUCGAGGCACCACUGACGGUGUGUCUGGAAGUCCCUUGUGCUUACGAACCGCUCCCCGUUGCCAGAGCAGGGCGGCUGUCAUUCUCGUUCACCGACAUCGGCACCGGACACUACGAGGAACCCGUCCACGUCAGCCUGAACGUCAGCAUCGCUGCCAGCGAGUCCGACCCCACCGACCCUAUCCGAGGCUCCCGCCUCUGGCAGCUGUCCAUCUACGGCAGUGCCAACCUGGACGGCAGCGGGGACGACCGUUUCGACGAGCGGUCUGUACUCAGCAAGUGCCAGCGGGACAAGCCGCUGACGCCUGGGGAGAGCCUGGAGUUCGACGUGGACGCCGACUUCAUCAUCAGCGGUGUCGGUUGCUAUGACUACCCGUACUUCUGCUUGAAGUUCGAAAAGGGCGCGGAUCCGGAGCCGGAUUUCAUCAUGUAUGAUCCGCUGAGAGCGUGUAUGGAGCUGACGUGCACACCCCCACCAGUGCCGAGAUUCAUCAUCAGCGGGCUUACCUUGCAUGUGAAGCCCGGCAGUCCCACGGCCGUGCAGGCCGGCCAGGACGGCUCAGUCAACUACCUCAAGUUCAUCAUGGAGGCCAUCUACGACAAACGCCAGGUCGGCGAGAUCAGCGGGAAUAGGCUUUGGGUCCUGUCACUUUGGGGAAGCGCCAACGCCGACGGUAGUGGACCGAAGGUUUCUGAAAACCCCAACACUCUGACAACCCUGCAGUCCAGACGCACUCUGAUUCUGGGGGAGUCUUUCAUUUUGACCAGCGUGCGCAACAACUUCGACAUGACGGGGGCGUCUUGCGCCGACGUGCGCUACAUCUGUGUCAAGUUGAGCCGCGGGACCGUCCCAGCCGACGCAUACGAGUUUUUGACCGAACCUGAGUCGUACUUACCCCAGACAUGCGUCCAAAUGGGGUGCUCUUAAAGUUGUAAAGUACCAAGUAUCGUAAUUUUACCAUAAUGUUGAUGUAGCUGUUUUUCGGGGCAAGGAAACUUUAUAGUAAACAGCGUCUAUUUUAACCCUUGACACAGAAUUAACCGUAGGGAUUGGGACAGAGGUUUCUCUAGGCUUACAUUGCAUUAAAGUGAAGGGGUAUAUACCGCAUUUAUCUGUCAUGUGUGCACAGGUGCUGAGGUAUGUUGAUGCCCGCAUGCGCUACAUAAAAUUAAUUUUGAGGUACUGGGAUUUUGUAAAAUUACAUGACAGGUUUUGGAAUGUUCCAAGUAAUCAUGUCAAAUAGAUUAAUUGGGAUUAAUUAUAGCCCGAUAAGGUCACGAUACCCUCAAAUUAUAACAGAACUCUCGUAACGUAAUUUAGUUGAACAUUGUGUCAUGUAUGUAGUGACAUGAUUUAUGAUGUUUCAUCUCUUUCUGUUGAUCGGGUUUGCUUUACACCGUCCAAAGUUGAGAAUAAAAGGGCGAAUGUUGAUGGAAGACUGAUACAGAAACUGCCACCUCCGCCCCUCUAACCACCGCUCAAAUCGCAACUUGCAUCAUGUUGAUCUAUCGGGUAUGUUGUUACUUUUUCUGAUGUCACCAUCGAUGUGAUCUGCAGAUAGUGUCAGUAUGAAGAAAUAUCACAGAGAAGAAAAAAAAGAUAGGCUGCCAAAAUCGACCAGCCAGUUUUACCUUCAUUUUGUCCAGUAUAGCACCUGCUCCAAGGUUAUACGUGCGAGGGGUUCCGUCAUUCCGUGGCUAAUUCUUCGAAGCUUCCAAGCUCAGACCCCUACUGCGCACACAAAUUGUAUUAUUGGCCUUUAAACCUUGUCAAAUAUGCCAAAACAAUUUAUGCGACUGGUUCAAAGGUUAGUUUUGCUUUGAUUUGGGCAUAUAAAAGCGUGUUUCUUUCAUGCCAUGUUGAAAAGUUGCAUUGGUGUUUUGAAGAGAAGUAAAUAUCGGUACUGUAUGAAGUCACUAUGGGCGUAAAUCCCGGGAGGGGGGUAUAAUCCCCCAUGUUGGAGGGGGGGGUGGGCUAUCGAACCAUCGAAUUGCCCCCACCGCUUUAAUGGGGUAAAAAAAAAUUAAGGCAGAUUGUGAAGAUUUU